GCACGCCUCCUACGGCAGAGCGCACACGCACUUAACCACAUAACCACAUAACCACAUAAUCACAUAAUCGGAGUUGCUGGUGCCAAUUUUCUCUUCGAUCCCCCCCCCAAAAUUCCCAUCGUGACAGGGUCCUCUCUCUCGACCUGAACCACAGAAGAACAUUCUCAACCACCACACCACACACCACACCACUCAACCUCACAAGGAUUCCUAAAAGCAAGGCCCAGAAGGUAUAGGGUUAUUCAUCCCCCCGGAUUCUCCUUUUGCAUUUUAUAACGUCGCGCAAUUCGCUCCCUUCCCUACUAUACAGAGAUAGCGGUGGUCCCAAAGUAAUUAAUUAAUCAUUGUUCAUUAUCCCGUUUACCAUCUCUCCCAGGAAUUACAUAUCCGGCGAGGUUGCAGGCAGGACGGGGAAAAACACGGCUUUUACCUGGCAUCUUUAUCAUUUAUUUGCCUUGGAGGCGGCUUUUUUCAGACGGCAUUGAGCGUCGCACGUUCACUACGGGUACUCAUCUACCGGUCAAACGUCCCAUUAAUUAUUUGCACAAAAUUACCUCGACUUGUCGUGAUAUUGUUGUUCUCGAAUUUCGAAAUCCCGACACCAUUCGCGGUUCUGAAAGAGUACCCACUUUAGUGUGAUUAUCGUGCGCGAUCGGGGUUUAGUUUGUUCAUUACUCGCGACGACGUUGUGUUUAACACCCCACGACAACAGCAUAGAUUCGAGCCGACAAUUGAAGGAUUCCAUCCGGUCGUGGCGUGAAGCGAGCAGAAAAUCGUGGCAGACAUAGUUCUAUUGAACAACGGCGGAGGUGGAAAUUGUGGCUCGAGGCGCAUGUUACUUGCUUAAUCGAUAUUGUUCGAUAUCCACAUCCAGUGGAUAAUCGACCUUAAACAAGAUGAUGACGAGUUUGCAACAACAACACUCACCAUAUCCAGGACUUCAACACCAGGGCGUGCCUCAAGGUCAUAUGGCGGGAAUGCCUCAUGCUCAGGGUCAGCAAGGACAACCGGGUCCAGGUAUGCCUCAACAAAUGCACAUGGGAGUUUCUGGUCCAGGUGGCCCUCAAGUCACUCAAGCUGGUGCUAUGAUGGCUGGCAUGCCACCUGGUGCUGGACCAAAUGCACAUGCCUUACAACAUUUGAACCCAAAUCAACAGGCGCAAGCAAUGUUCCAACAGCAGCAACAACAACAACAACAGAUGAUGAACGCGAAUCCUCAGUUAAUGCAUCAUCAAAUGUUACAACAACAAGCAGCCAGGCAGCGCCAAAUCCAACUACAACAACAAUACAGCGGUGGCGGUAUGCCGAACGGAAUGCCUGUGAAUAUGCAUGGGAUGAAUCCCAAUCAAAUGAACGCUCAAUUUGCAAUGCGACAUGGUACCCCCGGAAUGGCUCGCCCGGUGAAUCUACCACAACAUCUUGCCCAGCAACAACAGAUGGCUCAAGACAACGUUAAUCAACAACAAGCACAUCAGCAGACUCAACAGAUGAUGCUCGCAAUGCAUCAGCAAAAUGCUCAAAAUCACGGACCGAAUGGUCAAGCAGGACAUCCUCAGAUGACUCCCCAGCAAAUGCAACAACUUCAACAACACCAGCUUGCGCAACAGCAGCAACAGCAGCACCAACAACAACAACAACAACAGCAACAACAACAGCAACAACAGCAACAGCAGGCUCAUGCUCAGGCUCAAGCUGUUCAAGCCCAACAAGCUCAGGCCCAAGCCCAAGCGCAGGCUCAAGCGGCCGCUGCUGUAUCUCAACAGCAAAACCAAAACCAGUCCCAGGCUCAGAAUCAGCCACCUCAAUCAGCCUCAACACCUCAACCUCAAGCACCACAGCCAGCCGCUAUUCAAGCAGCCAUUCAAGCUCAAGCUCAAGCUCAACAAGCCCAAGCCCAGCAAGUUCAAGCCCAGCAAGCACAGACUCAGCAACCAUCCGGAGCUCUUCAGCAGCAACAGCAGCAACAACAGCAACAACACGCUGCCGCAAUGCUACAACAACAACAGCAGCAGCAGCAGCAGCAGCAGCAGACUAGACAAGGAGAGAAACUAAAGGGGCAAUGCCUAAUGCGAUUGGUACAAUUCAGCGACCAUCUUGGUGGUUUUUGCAAGGUUGUCAAGCCGGUAGGCUUUUAUGAGGCGAAUGGCGUUUCUCGGCUGAAUGCCGAGUCCAUGAAAGAAAAGGACGACCUAGCAUAUUGGGGAAGCUUUGCGGAGAGGUUUUUCUCCAGGGGGGGAGUUCUACGCUAUUCGACAUACUCGUACAGUCCCACAGAAAAAAUCCGUGAGAAACAGUACGAGAUAGCAUCACCUGCGAUGCCGAGAUACUUUCACACCCAUUUCGAAAGUGGUGUUACAAACAUGCAGAUGAUUUUCGAAAAAGGGACUGAAAAGGAAUUGCCCCUGAAUGGUCAUUACAUUGAAAGUCAAAACUCAAGUUUUGUCUACUGGUUUGAGGAUGGCUCUCACCUGGUCUCAAAUGGCAUACUUCGCGCUCAUUUCGAUGGAGAUCAAAAGCUCGAGUUGCUUGAUUUCGAGACUCGCAGUCAUCAGGAGUAUGUUCCCCGUAGCAUGGCUAUAGACAGAGCAAGGCCAAUUCACAAUUGGGUAAAAGAUUGGAAAUCCAUGAACAAUGGACCUGAUGGCAAACCAUCGCCCGAAAUGAACAAAAAGAAACAGAAGAUGAUGAAAUCUCCACCAAAUCCUCCUCCUGAUUUUGACCUACCGGAAACGAAACUGACACAAUACACUGGAAUCACACCUAUGGUGUUUCGAUUUCUUGAGAUGAAUGAGGUUUUGGCUCAAAUGAAUCCUUUAAUGAACUACUUGCAAUCAAACCCAACACUUACGCCUUAUAAAGCCCUAGACGCAUACAUGGCCCAAGUGAGCAGCAAUGGAGCAAACGGUGGUCCUCAAAACCCUUCGGGUCCACGAACACCGGCCAUGGUUAAUUUCCCGAUUGGUGCUUCUCCUGCAGCUGCACACUUACAGAUACCAGAAGGAUCACCUCACAUGAUGGGCAGUCCAGCUCAAGCUCCAGGCAUGCAGCUCCAACAGAGUCAGCAUGGAACUACGUCAAGUGGCCCAAGCGCAAAUACAAGUCCCAAUGCAAGUAACAAACGAAGAAGACCAAGUACAGUAAAGGCCGAAGAAGAUGGACAAGCCAAUGGGACAGGCAAGAACAAUGUAAAACCUAGUCCGCGCAUAACGAAGAGACAAAAGGGAAACCCCGCUUGAACAUUUUGCCGAAGCCCGACGAAGCAUCCUGUGAUCGUCUCAGUCCAAGUCAAUCAAUGAACAUUUUUAAGAGGAGAGUGGUCACGAAAGGUUAGGGAAUUAUAACCGAGACUUCACUUGUAUCCGACAACAUACAUCAACCACCCAAACUACAUUCUGGCUUUUUAGUCAAUCAUACGCUUCAUGGUGAAGCUGUCAGUCUGUGUCAUAUUAUUUAUUAUUUAUUUUCAUGCCUUUUCACAAGUGGGAAAACGCACCAAGUCUAUAUUAACAAGCGUUGGCGUACAGAACAGUUCCUGCAUAACUCUUUUACAUACGUACUUGGCGUGUUGUCGAAUCCUUUUUACACUUCGUUUUGCUAAAGGGAGAAUGGCGAAAUUUUGAUUCUUUGGACAGGGAACGGGGCUACUUAGGACAGGAAGGGGAAGGGGAAUGGAAUGGGAUGUCAUUAGUUUUGGUGGUAAUAUUCCUUGUAUACUAUUCACGUUCUUAGUGUGAGGGUCGGGUGUUUUUCUAUGCAAGAGGCGGCGGGAAACGUCGCGGUGCAUUUUUUUUGUUUUUUUUGCUAUGCUAUACCCGUGGCUUGGGGUUUUGGGGGUAGCUUGAGGAUAUUGAUAUUUCAGCAGGCAGUUGGAAGUGAAGUGGGGUGUAGGAAGGGGGAGUUGGGGGAGCGGGAUGAAGAACAGAAGGAUAAACUAGGUGGUGUGUGGAUGGAGAAAGGGGUGGAGCCGGGAAGAGAGUGAGGUGAUUGAACGAAAAUGAAGUUCAAAUGGGGUAAAAUGGUGUAGAAGUCAGAUGAGAGACUAGUGUGGGAUGACGGACUCGGAAGGAUUAUAUUACAGUGUGAUAACAAAAACACUAGAAAGAUGAAUGAACAAGUAAUCAGAAUAUUCUCAAAGUUAACAUAAAAUGAUUUAUGUUUGAUAUCUGUUGCAUAAAAUUAUAUCUGUAGUGAAGGCA